AUGCUGAUGUUUGAAGAAGCUGGUAACAGUCCUCCUGUGAAAUGCCCUACAAGUCUCCCUCUUUCUAUUCUUCACAAGCAUCACCAUCCUGGUGACUUUAUCAUUGGUGGCAUUCUCUCUCAGAUCUAUCUAUUUUCCACUCCAGCAACCUUUGAAAGGAAUCCCUCUUUUGAGAUCUUUGACAAUAUCAUAGUAAUAACUCAGAACUACCAGCAUCUGCUAGCCUUGCAAUUUGCCACAGAGACCAUUAAUGACAGUCCAAGGAUCUUACCUAAUGCCACGCUGGGCUUCCAUGUCUUGAACAGCAAUUUCCAGGCCAAGUGGACUUACCUUGCCUCACUGGAACUUCUCUCCACACGGGGCAAGUUUAUCCCUAACUACAAGUGUGAUGUGCAGAGUAAUAUAGCAGCAGUUAUUGGGGGACCUAAUGCUGAUGCGUGUCUUUUCAUGACACCCAUUUUGUCCAUCUACAAGAUUCCACAGUUGGCAUAUGGGUCCUCCCCUGUGGUGAAUGACAUAAACCAGAGAGGUUUCCUUCACCAGAUAUUUCCAGAAAUCAACCAACAAUAUAAGGGCAUUCUCCAACUACUGCUCCAUUUCCAGUGGAUGUGGAUUGGAGUGAUUUUCAUUCAUGAUGAGAGUGGGGAGAGAUUUGUAGAAAAUGAACUGCCCAUGUUUGCUCAGAGAGGUAUCUGCUUUGACUUUAUAGAAACAUUUCCACAAGUAAAUUUUUCAACCGAAAUCUUUGAAAUGGUUGCACAAGGAGAGACAACUACAAGAAUUAUUAUGGGAGCAACUGCUAAUAUAGUAGUUGUAUAUGGUGAAAUUCAAACUAUGGUGGUUUUAAGGAUAAUGAUUUAUAUGGCUGACUUUGAGGAGAACCUAAUAAAACCCAUAGUAUGGAUUUUUGUAGCCCAGAUGGAUUUCACUUCAAUGUCCUUUCAACGAAGCUGGCCCUUGGACUUCAUGCAUGGUGCACUCUCCUUUGCAGUUCACAGUGAGGAAGUGCUGGGAUUCCAUCAGUUCCUUCAGCACCAGAAGCUCACAUCUAAACAAGAUGAUGGUUUUUCCAGGGAUUUCUGGAAAGAGGCAUUUCAGUGUUCUUUCUCCAGUGCCGCUGGAGAAACAAUGGCAGAAGAACUCUGCACUGGAGAGGAGAACCUGGAGCAUCUUCCUGGGUCGAUUUUUGAAAUGAGCAUGACCAGCCACAGCUACAGUGUCUACAAUGCUGUCCAUGUGGUGGCAGAAGCUUUGCACGCUGUGCACUCAGUGAAACAAGGAGCAAAACGAGAGAAACAGAGACAGCAGCUUCUGAAGCAACAUCCCUGGCAG